GUGUCGAGAGUAGUCAUGUGUUAGAUGUUGAUUUUCUAUUGUAUGUGAGAGAUAUACAUAAUUCUUUCCAUUCCAACAAGUCACCCAAACAACUCAGAAAUAGCAUAGUGUGUUUUGGUAGUUUCCUAGCUCAAACAAUGGAAGGCAACAAGACUAUGGUUCCAUCAUCAUCACCAUCAGAUACCAAACUCACCAAUGGUACUGUUGUGUCCAAUGAUGACUUAGAGAUAGAGACCUUCUAUGUCAAACUAACUGAAGUUUUGGACUCCUCUGGGUUCAAUCUCAUUUUCAAUGUCCGAGAGACAAUCUUAGACUUGUACCUCUUUUACUUGGAAGUCACCAGAAGAGGAGGUUUUCACCAGGUUGGUCUUCAAAACAAAUGGACUGAAGUUGUCUCUGCACUGAAAUUGGAAGGCAACAAUGCAAUGUUAUCUGCUCAAGUCGAAAAGAUCUAUGCAACACUUCUAUACAAAUUUGAGAAAUUGUACUUCUACAGGUUUCCUCCAACCGGCAGCUCCCAAGGUACGCUUAAAAGGAAGCAGAACUUGCAGAACUCGACUACUGGUUUAUCUCAAUUGAUGGCUGAUGAAGAUACUCUGAAGGUGGCAAAACUGUCCAAGGACUACUCUAGCCAAAUGACAGCAGGAGCCGGCUGUCAAGAACCUCGGGUGCUUCUACAAGCACCCUCAAAUGACAAAGAAAAAAAGAAACAAGACAAAGAAAAGAAGAAACGACGAGGUCCUCCUACCGGACAAAGUGGAUAUCAAAUAUUCCUCAAGCAUGAGUGUGCUCGAUUAAAAGCUCAUGAUCCUGACAUUGAUGGCAAAAAAGUCCUACGCAUGGCUGUUGAUGCUUGGCAGAAGAUGUCUGCCACCGAUAAAGAGCCAUAUGUGGAGGAAAGCAGGAAGAUAAAGGAAAAACAGAAGGAAGCAAUGAUCACUGACAAUAAACAGAAGAGCACUGAAGAUCUUAAGAAGGAUGAACAGAAGAGCACUGAAGUUCUUAAGAAGGAUGAAAAGAAGAGCACUCAAGGUCUUAAUCUAAAGAAGGAUGACAAGAUGCCUGGUGUGGAUGGUGACGACUAUGGUGUAACUUCGCAACCUCUACCAAAUUAUUCUUUUGUCAACAAUGCAGCUGUGGAGUUGGCUUUCAAAAUGACUGAAAAAUCACUCAAGGAUCCCUUCUUCCCAGUUGAUUUGGAUACUUAUUGUUCGUUAAAUAUGCUAAAUGGGAAAUCCAAAUGACUAUACUAGCUUUUGGGCAGGUCUCUUUUUUUGGUUUUUGAGGUAAUGCUAUUGCCUAUGCAUCCAAGGGUUAUCCCUUUUUUGGACUCAAUCAAACCAAUUGAAGCAGCAGCAACCAGGUUUGAUGCAUAGACAGCAAUGUUCCAAGCCUCUUGCAGUACUAGUGACCAGUGAAGUAUGUAUAUAAACUAUAUAGUAAAUUAGUAAUGGUCCAAGCCUUUUGCACUAGUGACUAGUGAAGUAUGUAUACAAACUAUAUAUAGCAAUGUUCCAAGCCUCUUGCAGCAGUGACUAGUGAAGUAUGUAUAUAAACUAUAUAUAUAUAAACUAUAAAAGUUUGUGUUAUAAUGCAAAAGCUUGUUGGCAAUUUG